UCCCCUCUUCUUUUAUUAUGUUGAGCCGCCGGACUCUUUGUCCUCCGCAAAGCCCCAAUCCCGUGGCAGCUAGGAAUCAUCCUCCUUCUCUUCUUCUUCCUCUUCGUCUUCUCAGUUUUUGACCUCUGUAGGUCGAUAGGAUUCGUUUGGGGCUCUUGUGAUGCGUCUGGUGGUGUUACUUUUCUCGUUGAUUAGCUCCCGGUAGCUGUUCCUCGUUGAUUAGCUCUCAUGGCGGCGCUCGUCAACUGCGCAGGCAACGAUGAUAUCGGCCCUGGUGGCCCUCUUUUCUCAAACCUCAUGGAUUCGAGCCUCCUGCUAUCUCUCACCUAUAAAUUUGAUGCCUACUGCCCGCCUAGUAAGAGGUCUCGGAUCACUCCUCUUAUUUGCAAAGCAGGAGAAAAAACUGCAAAUGAAAAGCAGCAGCCCCGAUCGAUCGACACCCUUCCUGACGAAUGCCUCUUUGAGAUCCUCCGGCGGUUACCAGGAGAUAAGGAAAGGAGCAACUCUGCUUGUGUCUCUAAGCGCUGGCUUAUGCUGCUGUGCAGCAUCCGUUCUUCUGAGCUCGCUGCUAGGAAGAAGCAUAGGAAUGAAUCCGUGAAGAAACCCUUGCCUGAUCUGAACAAAGAUGUGUCUGAAGACGAGCAGGAAAGUGAGAACAAUGGGUAUCUUACCAGGCGCUUGGAUGCAGAGGAAGCUACAGAUAUUAGACUUGCUUCCAUCGCCCUUGGAACCUGUAGCCGUGGUGGGUUAGGCAAGCUUCUCAUCCGAGGAAGCAAUUCGACUCGGGUCACUGAUGUUGGGCUUUCUGCAAUUGCUCAUGGUUGCCCUUCCCUUCGGGCCCUAUCUAUGUGGAAGGUACCAUUGAUAACUGAUGCUGGCCUAUCAGAGAUUGCAGAUGGAUGCCCGCUGCUGGAAAAGCUUGACCUCUGCCAGUGCCCACAGGUUUCGGACAGGGGCUUGAUAGCUGUUGCUCAGAAGUGCCCCAAGUUGACAUCGUUCACAAUUGAAUCUUGCUCAAGCAUCGGUAAUGAAGGUCUGCAGGCUAUUGGUCGGUGCUGUCCAAAAUUAAAGUCCGUUACCAUAAAAAACUGCCCACAUGUUGGUGACCAAGGAAUUACAAGCUUGGUCUCUUCAGCAUCUUCUUCCCUGGAAAGGAUAAAACUUCAGACCUUGUCCAUCAGUGAUGUCGCUCUUGCAGUCAUUGGUCACUAUGGGAAAAAUAUAAUUGACUUAUCCCUGUCUGGUCUCCAGAAUGUUUAUGAGAAGGGAUUCUGGGUUAUGGGAAGUACUCUUGGCUUGAGGAAGUUGAGGUCCAUCAGUAUCACUUGUUGCAACGGGCUCACUGAUAUAGCCUUGCAAGCUAUUGCCAAGGGUUCCCCCUUCCUGAAGCAUCUCUUUGUUCGCAAGUCUUGCUACCUGUCUGAUUCUGGUUUGAGUGCUUUUGCUGAAAGUGCAAAGGAACUUGAGAAUUUGCACCUUGAGGAUUGUAAUCAGAUCACUCUUAUAGGUGUCCUCGGUGCUCUUUCGAAAUGCAGUCCCCAGUUGAAGUCUCUAAGUCUGGUGAGAUGCUUGGGCAUCAAAGACACAGCUUUUGCCCCAGUGCAACUGCCAUCUUGCAUGUCUCUUAGGUCUCUGACUAUUCGUGACUGUCCAGGAGUCAGUAGUGCUAGCUUACAAGUGGUAGGGAAGAUCUGCCCCCAGUUACAGAAUAUAGACUUGAGUGGACAAGUUGGAGUGACUGACACAUUUCUCCUCCCUUUGAUCAAGAGUUCUGAUGUCGGCUUUGUGCAGGUCAAUCUGAAUGGUUGUGUUAAUGUGACAGAUGAUUUGGUAACUACGCUGGUUAAGGCACAUGGAAGUACUCUGAAGAUGCUUAAUCUUCGUGGUUGUAAGAAGAUCACUGAUAGAAGCCUCCUGGCAAUUGCAGAUGGUUGUUCUGUGAUUGAGGACCUUGAUUUGUCCAGUUGCUCUGUGAGUGAUUAUGGUGUUGCAGUCCUGGCAUCAGCAAGGCAGCUUCAGCUGCAGAUUCUCUCUCUUGCAAGUUGCUCAAAGGUCACAGUGAAGAGUCUGCCAUUCUUGGGGAACUUGGGACAGUCCAUGGUGGGCCUGAAUCUCCAGCACUGCAGCUUGAUCAGCACCCGGGGUAUGAAGUUGCUCGAGGAGAAGCUAUGGUGGUGUGAUAUCAUUUCCUAGGUGAACAGAAGUAUGAAAAUGGUGCAGGGGAAUCCCUUGGGAGUCUAAUCACUGGGUGUUCAUCAGCCCCGGCACCCGAAUUGGAUGGUGAACAGCAGCAGUCUACUUUAAUCUGUUUUUUGGCUCGUGCUUUCUGACCGUGAGUUUCAACUUUCUCACAGACCUUGGUCGUCUACCAUGGACCUUUGGCUGAUCUCAUAUUUUUGCAGAUGUCCUCCUUUUGAAAGGGAACUCUGUUUUAGGGUGUUUGACAGUCAUCAACUGGCUGGCUUUUCCCUGUUUUGGCCUCGGUUCAUGUGAUCACGUCCAUGUCUGGUCUUAGUUCUAGUUGUUUCUCAUUCUCGAGUCUGGUUAUCUCAUGCAUCCCUUGUUUUUCAUAUGAUCCUGGUUUGUAUUACCAGGGUAGCAUCCUACAUUGCUCCUCUGGUGUUUUAGCCUAGUCUCAUAUUGGCAAAUGCUGGUUUCUGUCCGGUAGUUUUAGGCAGUCAGUCCCUAAGAGUUGUUCCAGUCCGGGCUUUAUGUCCCCUCUGAGUCGUUUGGGUGUGUCGCCCUUGUUAGUAUGGUCUUUGUUUGGUUGCAUUUUGCACGGUUCUGUUUAGAGUGCCUGAGAUUCAUGGGAUUUGGUUUGUUUAUGGCGGCAAAUAGUUAAAAGCAUGCCAUGACAACCAUGUUUGGUUGUUUUUUUAAACCAAAUCCUACUUUUGCAGGCUGGUGGGUGAAGACUGUAAUCUUGGCAACCUUUUUAUAGUGAAUAAACUUGUUUUAUGUGUA